AUGACCGGGACGGCCGCAUGUACGACGAUCGUUCGCCAUCCCGAUCGCGCUCGCCUGGCGAUCUCUCACGCUCGCCUCCCCGUGGGCCCGCGGCGGACAGAAGACCCGAUUAUUCCAGAGACCAAGUCGACUCCAGACCCCGUUACCGCAGUCGGGAUCGCGAUGACUUUCGACGGCGCUCUUCGCGCUCCCCUCCUCCAAGGCGAGGAAGACCAGCCUACCGAGAUCGCGACCGUGAGGGCUAUCGCUCUCCGGGAUACCACAGUCGAAGCCGAAGCUACAGUCGCAGCCGCAGCCGCAGUCCUCGCCGCAACCGACAACCGCAUUACGGACAUGAAAGCAGAGAGGUGA